AAGCACCUAUUGUGUGCCAAGCUAAUAUGGCUGAGCACCUACCACGUGCCAAGUCCUGCAAUUUUCCCCUCACUUUACCUAGCCUCUUCUCCAAGACAACUAGCCCUGCUGGGGGCCUGAGCGUACCUAGGGGUCUCCCUGCUCCAGCUCUUGUCUUACUAGUACCUCAGUUUCCCCUCAGUACAAAAGCUGAAUGAUCUGAUUACCCCCACAGAUGGGGGGCCACUUCCCACCUCUGGGAAAGGCAGAGCAGGGUCUGCUGACUCCAAAGCCAACGCUGUAACAUCCUCAGUCUAGACUCCAGCUUGUGCCUGCUCUGGGCCCCCCUCCAGAGGUACCCCCAGCACUUCCACAGCACAGCUUCCAGCCUCCAGCUGGCAGCUGCUAGGACCCAGGGGGCUGGCGCCAGGCCCUGCCCCUCCCUUGCCAGCUCUGUGUGUCUCUAAAGGGCAACAUCAGAGUGACAGCCAGUACCAUCUCCAGCUGGGGCUGAGUUGCUGGGGCUAAGGAGAGAGCCGCAGUCCCAGCCUUGCACCCCUCCAUGGGGCCAGCCAGGCCCCCAAGAGGAUGGCAGCCUGGGUGUCGGAGCCAGCGCCUGGGCAGCCUACGAGCACAGGGUGAGCCUGAGCGCCCGAAUGGCCAACACCACAGGGCUGAACGCCACAGAAGUCGCAGGCUCGAUGGGGUUGAUCCUGGCGGCUGUCGUGGAGGCGCUAGCACUGCUGGGCAAUGGCGCGCUGCUGAUCGUGGUGCUGCGCACGCCAGGACUGCGCGACGCGCUCUACCUGGUGCACCUGUGCAUCGUGGACCUGCUGGCAGCCGCCUCCAUCAUGCCGCUGGGUCUGCUGGCCGCGCCGCCGCCCGGGCUGGGCCGCGUACGCCUGGGCCCCGCGCCGUGCCGCGCCGCGCGCUUCCUCUCGGCUGCGCUGCUGCCCGCCUGCACGCUCGGCGUGGCCGCGCUCGGCCUAGCGCGCUACCGCCUCAUAGUGCACCCGCUGCGGCCCGGCCCGCGGCCUCCGCCCACCCUCGUGCUCACUGCCGUGUGGGCCGCAUCGGGGUUGAUGGGCGCGCUCUCCUUGCUCGGGCCGCCGCCCGCACCGCCCCCUGCCCCGGCUCGCUGCUCCGUCCUGGCUGGGGGCCUCGGGCCCUUCCGGCCGCUUUGGGCGCUGCUGGCCUUCGCGCUGCCUGCCCUCCUGCUGCUCGGCGCCUAUGGCAGCAUCUUCCUUGUCGCGCGCCGCGCUGCCCUGCGGCCCCCGCCGCCCGCGCGAGGGUCCCGGCUGCGCUCCGACUCUCUGGAUAGCCGUGUCUCCAUCUUGCCGCCCCUCCGGCCUCGCCUGCCUGGGGGCAAAGCAGCCCUGGCCCCAGCCCUGGCAGUGGGCCAAUUCGCAGCCUGCUGGCUGCCCUACGGCUGUGCAUGCUUGGUGCCUGCCGCGCAGGCCGCAGUGGCGGAAGCGGCUGUCACCUGGGUAGCCUACACGGCCUUCGCGGCUCACCCCUUCCUGUAUGGCCUGCUGCAACGCCCUGUGCGCCGGGCGCUGGGCCGCCUCGCCCGCAAAGCGCUGCCCCGACCCCCGCGAGCCUGCACUCCACGGGCGUGGCACCCGCGGGCCCUCUUGCAACACAUCCAGGGACCUCCAGAGGGCCCUGCCCUGGGCCCUUCUGAGGCACUAAAACAAGCCCCAGAUUUGGCAGGAGGGGAGAGCCUGAGCAUGCCAGAGACCACCUGAGAGGAGAUCUGUCUCCCAAGCUGAGCUGGGACUGGAGAAAGGAGGGUGGUUAUCAGAAGGAGCCCAUCCAGCCACCUGCAAAGGUCAUGGCAGGUGCCUUGCCUGGACAUGUGGCUCUGGAACGGGAGAAAGGAGGCCUGCAGCCUUGUGAGGUCCAGAGGCUUCUGGGAACUAGGAAUCCUGGAUUCUGGACCCAACUCUGCAGGGCCUUGUGCACAGACCUACCCUUCCCUAGGCUUCAGUUUUCCCAUCUGUACCCUGGACCAUCUCUAAGGGCUCCUCCAGCUUUGGUGGUUUGGACACUCAUGGAUGGUCCGCAGGCCAAGGAAAGAGCAGAGGUGGGCAGGAUCACAGAGAGCCCUAAGGGCUCACAGCCAAACGGAUGGGCCACGCAGGGCAAGGUCUGGAUUACAGCACAGCAAGAGGAACCAGAGGAGAGACACUCAGAAAGACUUCCCUGACAUCUGCACCGAGGAGAGGCUGGACAAAGCUACUGGAACUCCUCCAUCAGCUUCUAAAAUGCCCAGAAAACAAGCGGAUCAGUUUGGUGCCAGAGGCAGAAGGCUGGACAACAUGACCCCCAUGAACCAUAAAGCCCCAGAACUGGCAUGUGCAAGGGGCCGAGGCCCAGCUGGGGCUGGUAGAUUCACAGAUGGGGGUCCUCUGGGGCCUCGGCUACACCCAUUUUCUGAAGGUUUUGCCAACACCCACAGUGUUUCACAGCUUCCUGGUCUCUGAGAAUAUUUAUUCAAAAACAGGGAUUGAAAAAACUGUA